CGCUUCGAGGAGCUGCUGGCCUUCGUGCCCUACAUGCACCGCUUCCUCAGCAAGAAGAGGAUCCGCCACCGCAUCUUCGUGCUCAACCAGGUGGAUCACUUCAGAUUUAACAGAGCGUCUCUGAUCAACGUGGGCUUCCUGGAGAGCGGCAACGACACCGACUACAUUGCAAUGCACGACGUUGAUCUCUUGCCCCUCAACGAGCAGCUGGACUACAGCUUCCCAGAGGCAGGGCCCUUCCAUGUCGCCUCCCCAGAGCUGCAUCCGCUGUACCACUAUAAAACCUACGUGGGCGGCAUCCUGCUGCUCACCAAGCAGCACUAUGAGAUGUGCAAUGGCAUGUCCAACCGCUUCUGGGGCUGGGGACGGGAAGACGAUGAGUUUUAUCGCCGCAUCAAAGGAGCCGGUCUCCAGGUUCGCCGUCCCUCUGGAAUCACAACUGGAUAUGAGACUUUCCAGCACUUGCAUGACCCGGCCUGGAGGAAGAGGGACCAGAAGCGCAUUGCUGCACAGAAGCAGGAGCAGUUUAAGGUGGAUCGGGACGGAGGUCUGAACAACGUGAGGUACCGAAUUGAGUCACGGACAGAUCUGAGUGUGGCAGGAGCCCCCUGCACUGUCCUCAAUAUAUUACUGGACUGUGACACAAGCGAGACCCCUUGGUGCACGUUUGGCUGAGCAGCCUGCCCCAUGUGCCAGUCACGUGCGCUGUGCUUGUGCUGAGACGCCAGGGCUGCCGCCAAGCUGCUUGACGCAGGCAGGAUUUUUGCAGUAGGCAAGCAUAGAGGUGCUGGCAGGACGCAGAGGAACAGAAAGGGCUGAGAACCAAUCCUUGACGGGACCAAGAGAGCAGGCAGAGAGUGGGACUCCAUGGCGUUGCUGCAAACAGUGGUGCUGCCUCCUGGGGCAGGUGCAGGAGGCUGUUUCCCUGCACUGGACAAGGCUGAGCUGCCACCCAGCUCUGAGGACAAUAAAGAACUGUCAGGGCA